CAGGAGUGUAUAGCCAGGAAUGUCUCAAACAGCUUCAUCGAGGCGGAAGCAAGAUUCUCCCCCAACCCUAAAGUUAGCCCUGCGGAGAACAAGUGAGAUGGUAGAGUGUGAGCCCCACCAGUAACCUAGUUUCCCCACAGCACGUGUUGGCGCCAAAACUACCAUCUCGGCCCGUCCCCUGCCGGAACUAUGUCUCACGUAAGACACGUAAUCAAUGAUCCUGCGCCUCGCUAAGUAGUCCCGUUCAGGAUGCCCUCGGUAUACGCUUUUCCAGCUCAAGAGGUUUUCAGUAAGAAGAAAUCGGACUCAGAGCUACCUGGAAACUUCUGUCUCUAUGCAUAAAGAUGUCUCUGGUGGACUUGGGGAAGAGGCUGCUAGAAGCUGCAAGGAAAGGCCAAGACGAUGAAGUGAGGACACUGAUGGCAAAUGGGGCUCCGUUUACCACAGACUGGCUUGGAACCUCACCGCUUCACCUUGCAGCCCAGUAUGGUCACUAUUCCACAGCAGAAGUGCUCCUUCGAGCUGGCGUUAGCAGGGAUGCCCGGACCAAAGUGGACAGGACCCCUUUGCAUAUGGCUGCAGCUGAUGGACAUGCUCACAUCGUGGAACUACUUGUUAGGAGUGGCGCGGAUGUGAACGCCAAGGACAUGCUACAGAUGACAGCUCUGCACUGGGCCACGGAGCACCGCCACCGAGAUGUUGUCGAGUUACUCAUCAAAUAUGGGGCUGAUGUCCAUGCUUUCAGCAAAUUUGACAAGUCUGCCUUUGACAUAGCACUGGAGAAAAACAAUACUGAGAUUUUGGUCAUGCUUCAGGAAGCAAUGCAGAAUCAGGUGAACACUAACCCCGAGAGAGCCAACCCAGUGGCUAACCCUGUGGCUGUGACUGCUCCGUUCAUCUUCACCUCUGGAGAGGUCGUUAACCUCGCUAGCUUUGUUUCUUCAGCCAACAACACCAAAGCAACCUCAGCUAAUUUAGAAGAAAUCGAAGAAGGAAAUUCUCUUGACUCCUCAAUCCAGCAAGUGGUGGGGAGUGGAGGCCAGAGGGUCAUCACCAUAGUGACUGAUGGAGUCCCUCUUGGUAACAUCCAAACCGCAAUCCCUACUGGAGGCAUUGGCCAGCCGUUUAUUGUAACUAUGCAAGAUGGGCAGCCAGUUCUAACUGUGCCUGCUGGUCAGGUUGCAGAGGAAACGAUAAUUGAAGAGGAAGAAGAGGAAGAGGAGAAGUUGCCUUUGGUGAAGAGACCGAGGAUGGCAGAGAUGACAAACAGUGUUGAGGAAAUGAAGGAAGGCAGUGAAAGAGAGCUACUGCAGCAACAGCUCCAGGAGGCCAACAGAAGAGCCCAGGAGUACAGACACCAGCUCCUCAAGAAAGAGCAGGAGGCAGAGCAGUACCGGCUCAGGCUGGAGGCUAUGGCUCGGCAGCAGCCCAACGGAGUGGAUUUCACCGUGGUUGAGGAGGUGGCUGAAGUGGAUGCUGUAGUGGUGACAGAAGGGGAAGAGGUAGAAAGAGCAACACACGCCAUGAAGUCAGGAAGGACCACGGAGCCUCACACUAGUGUUUCCAUAGAAACUGUUUCCUCCUAACAGCCACAACUUGUGCUCGCUCAUCUUACUCUUUUUAAGAAGAAAGUACAGAGGGCAAGUGUCGCGUACAAAUUCGAAUGUCCUUAAGAAGGUAACAGUAGCCAGGCUCAAGGCCUGAGCCUUGGAAGGCUGCAUGUGCAGUUGGAAAACUCAGCCAUUUUAGGGGCAUCGGAGGGACCAAAGGACCAGGACCAAAUCUCUCCGCUCAUAUCAUUGCUUUAAACAGAGUACUGGGCAUUGUGGGUUG